CGACUAUGUACAUACAGCCUAGGGAGAAUAUACCUCGAUAUAUAAUAUAUUACACGAGUCGAACAUCCAAGGAAACAGCACACUACCAUCACAUCUGUACUAGCGAUAGAAACAAUAUGACAGCCACCUCUAGUUCUAGUAAGAGAACCUCGUCUCGAGGAUUUGAUGUGGAGAAAUUCAGACAUGAAGGCCACGCAAUGGUGGACUAUAUUGCAGACUACUUAGACGCACUGAACACAAAGACUCCGAAUAAGACAUUCAAAGAAGUGCUGCGUGUCAGACCCGAUGUUGAGCCCGGAUUUCUAGAUUUGGAUGUGGAUAUGAUGGAGAACGGCGGCGAAUUCGCUGACGCACUCACUGAAUUCCACACUAAGGUGAUGCCUGGUGUUCUUCACUGGCAAGACCCUAUGUUCAUGUCGUAUUUCCCCUCCCAAAUGUCGUAUCCCGCUCUCCUCGGCGACUUGCUGAGCAAUGCAAUCAACACACCGAGUUUUUCGUGGCUGUGUAACCCUGCAGCCAGUGAGAUGGAAGUGAUUGUCAUGGAUGCCAUCUGCGACGCUUUUGGCCUGCCGCUCGAGAGGUUUGGAUGGCGGCAACGAGGCACCAAAGGGUUGAAGGGAGAUAAGGGUGGAGGUGUGAUGCAGCACUCUGCCACAGAUGGAAUGGUUGUCUCAGCCAUCGCUGCGCGUGAUACAAAGCUGCGUCUCCACCCAGAGGUUAAGGCCACCAACCUGGUGGCCUAUGUACCUGAAGUCAGUCACUUCUGCUCGACGAAGGGUGCUGCAUGCGCUGGAAUCACUCACCUGCGCAAAAUCAGAUGUCCGUGGAAUGACGCCGCAAAUAACUGGCCCAUGGAUGUUGACCAGUUAGAAGCUGCCGUCAAGGCCGACAUUGCGGCUGGGUUAACCCCGUGCUUCGUGACAGCCUCUAUUGGAGCCACGGGUACAUGCUCGAUAGAUCCCAUCAACAAGGUAGCAGAUAUCGCAAAGAAGUACAGCAUGUGGUUCACCGUGGAUGCGGCGUAUGCAGGAUCCGCUUCAAUGGUCCCGGAACUAAGACACCAUUUCAACGGCUGGGAACGAGCGGACACCAUCAUUAUCAACGGGUCCAAAUGGUUUGGCUGUCUCUUCAACUCGUCGUUCAUGUUCAUGGCUGACAACAAGGCAGUCGCUGCGUCGUUGAAUCACACGGCGGUGUACCUCAAGAGCGGAGAACGGCCCACGAAGGGCGUGGAGGUGGAAGAAGAUGGCAGCGAUAGCGGAUGUCAGACAGUCGCCGCCGAUACCUACAAUCCCGUCGACUUCAAAGACUUGCAGUUAUCACUUGGCAAAAACUGGAGAAGUCUAAAGGUGUGGACAAUGCUGCGAACCAUGGGCUUCAAGGAUCUGCGCAACAUGAUUCGAGAGCACAUCCGCUUGGCUAAGUACAUAGCAUCACAACUCAAUGAAUCGGGCUACUUCGAGGUCCUCACAUCGACUGACUUUGGUCUUGUGUGUUUCAGGCCGAGAGGAGAGACAGAGGAGCGUGUGCUGGAGUUCUUGGAAGAGAUUAACAAAGACCGAACUACUUUCAUGGUGAACACUGUCAUAGAGUCGAAGGCAAUUCUGCGCUUGUCUAUCGCGCACCCGGACUUCAGCGACGACGAUGCCAACUGGAUUAUCAACAAAUUGGUAACGGACGCUGCCGAUUUCGGUAUACAGAAGGCCUAGAUUGUGCCCAAUGUUCAGACGCAAAAUGCCCUCAUAUGGCUCCAAUCCGUACCAAAUAGGACAUUUUGUGGUCCAGCCGACGGGGGUGUCUCGUGCCAUAACAUGUAGAGCCCACUUUCUGAGAAUAUGGAAUGGUAGGUAUAGUUUUCUGAGCGAGCUUUGGGGCUGGCAUGUAGUCGAUACUCAUCAAUGGCCCAAUGUAGGUACGCUAUGGGGCAAAGGGCUUUUGAACCGUUAACCCUUGUGGAUUCUCCGAGAGGUACAACGUUUUGCUAUUCAGCUUCCAUUGUACUUGAAGUAAGGGCGAACGAGGAUGUAUGACAACAACGGUCGGAUUGAACCGUAGCGAGAUCAGAUAGGCGAAGGAGGGGGAUUCAGUUGCAGUGGCACAUCGAACGGCCGAAUGCGAAGAUUCGUUUUUAGUAGAAUUAUAUCAAGUCAAUGCUCGCUCAGGUCAAAAUUAGCUUAUUUAGGAGCUUUCUCGCAGGAGCCGUCUCAUCGUCUCACCAAUGAAACAGUACGUAGGACGAAUUAUAUUAGGCAAACGCACAUUGACAUUCUGACACGCAUGAGUACGGCGACCGAGAUAUUGUCAAUUAGCUAGUCUACUGGGGGGCAAGAGCGUGUAUACAUCGCACACACCUGGCGUAGUACUAUUAGUGCAUAAGUAAUAAAGCUGUGAUAAACGACCUCUGUAAUCGAGAGGCAUUGGAUCAGUCGCUAUAAAAGUUCAUCCAGAGUAUGGCUAAGAAGCACACGCCCAUGGGAAAGGGGAAACAGCUAACCCUAACCCCCACCGCCCCCUCGCCCAAAAAGGAAGUAGUAAUCGUAUCUAGACUAAUCCAAGCAAAUUCUCUCAUAAAUAAGUACAUCACUUAUUGUUGGCGCAUUAAAUUUGUCAGCUUCCAACCCCAAUAUUCGAGAUGUGUUAAAAUCUGCAUAUGCAAUGGCAACAAACAACACUGG